AUGAACAUGGAGCAUAACCAAACAUUUCUGUACUUUGCAUAUGGUAGUAACCUUCUAAAGGAGCGUCUCCAGCUCAAGAAUCCCUCUGCAACAGUGUACUGCGUGGCAAAGCUCAAGGAUUAUAAAUUGGUGUUUGGCAACUCCAAAGGUCUAGCCAGUGACCGCUGGCAUGGUGGUGUGGCCACCAUAGAGGACAGCCCAGGGGACGAGGUGUGGGGUGUGGUGUGGCGGAUGAGCGUAUCUGAUCUAGAGUCACUGGACAAUCAAGAGAAUGUGAUGUUAGGUGCUUACCGACCUGUGGAAUUAUCAGUGAAGACCAAAGGUCAAGACAUCAGCUGUCGUACCUACAUAAUGAACAGCUGUGUGUAUGCCCGACCGUCACCACAAUAUCUACAGGUGAUUGUAAUGGGAGCAGAACAAAAUGGCUUGCCAAAGGAGUACCAGGAGAAACUCAGAGCCAUUGAGACCAACAUGUAUGACGGUCUCCUACCAAUGAUGGCUGAACUGGAACAAGCCAGAACAAAAGACAGAGCCAACCAAUGAGAUGAUGCCUGAACCAGAACCAAGAGAGGAGAAGCAGCUUUCAGCAUCUAUGCACCAAAAAUUUGGAACAAACUUCCAGAAAACUGUAAAACAGCAGAAACCCUGACUUCCUUUAAAUCUCGACUAAAAACACACCUGAUUAGAGUUUUAUUUGAAAUGUAAUAUGGAACAAUGUAUUGUUUAUUCCAUGAUGCAUGACUUUGUGUUUUUGUGUUUAUGAUGUAAAGCACUUUGAAAUGCCUUGCUGCUGAAAUGUGCUAUACAAAUAAAAUUUGAUUGAUUGAUUGA